UUGGUGUAUGAGAUUCCCUUGCUUUGGACCAAUAGGACCUCGGCUGGACUCAGCCUCAUAAUGCCCAGACCCAAUGCGCCCCGUUACGCAGUGGCCAACACAUCGCUCGGACAACCGUCCUUCUCACGAUCACUUCCUUACCACUAUAAGCACCGGUGAAGAUGAUCAGUGUGCCUUGCCGAGAUGAAAAUCGAGACAGUCCCAGGCGGUCGACAGUCAACAUCCUACGAGCCGAUGGAAAUGGCAUCCGCGUAUCUUCAUUACGACUUGGCAUCUCCAGCCUUGGAGAGCUUCGAGGAACGCUCGAAGAAGAUCUUUCAGCUGGAUAGCCCGAAAACAUGGAUUGAUGUCUACUCUCGUCCCUCGGAAGACAACUCCUGGGUCAUCUCUGACAACGAAUGCAAUGAAGAGAAUGCAUACCCUGGAGAUGAACUGCAGAAGAUCCAGGACGUUCAUGAUCUCGAUUAUUAUCAGGACCAUGCGCAGCCGAUGUUCUUUAUACGAUUCACAAGAAAUUCUAACAGUCGUCUCUCGCCUUCCCAAGCGCUGUUCGACGGCUUGUUACAUAAAUUCUCAGUUAACCCUCGCUUCAAAGAAUUCGUCAUGUCGUUCGGCCAAAAGAACAAAGAGUACGACUUCGCACCUCCAACCUGUCGGUUCCGUUUCUCCAAAGGAGACAAAGCCAUGAAGACUAAGCAAUAUGAAUGUUUAUAUGGGCUACGUUACGUUGCUGAUAAUGGUAAUGUUGAUGGCAAAGAGAGAUGGUCGGUCCGCCAAUACGCCGUAUAUCAAAGAUAUGAUCCAUCGCGGAGUCAAAACGUCUGGAUUUUCAUAGGAAUACCCAAACGUUCUAGCUUAGAGCGCCAUAUAAUAGCAUACACUCGCAGACAAGAUAACUCUGAUCCGGCCCAAGCGUUCGCACUCCAUCUUACGAUGAUUGAAGCGUCUCUAGUCGAGUGGCGAUGGUAUCUCAACGACAUGACCCAACGGGUACAAGAUCAGUCUGAUAGAAUCACACUUGCAGACGUCGCCAAGGACAAGGUGGAUGGUUUACCUGAUUUCAAAAUCGACUUCCGUGAUAGGCAAAGGCUGAAGACUUUGGAGGAUUCUAUUUUGAACCUACACGUAAUGCUUGAAUCAACUAUAGGUACUAUAUCAUCCCUCACAAAGCACCUUUCCAGAGUAUCGGGGCAUCGCGACGAAGAAGAGUCAGCAUUCCUUAUCAACGGUUACAACGAAGCUCUCGAUGAGUCAAAACUCUACCUGGCAAAGGCGGGAGUUCUCGACAAGCGUGUGCAUGGUGCCUCCUUUUUGCUCUCUGGUCUCCUGGACUACGAGAACGCGUAUUCCCUCCGUCUGCUAGCGGAAGAGGCUCGACAAGAUAACCUGGCGAUGCGGCAUCUAACCGAAAAGGCGACCAAAGACUCCGGUGCUAUCAAGAUAAUCACCAUCAUUACGGUUUUUUUCCUCCCGGCGACUGUAGUCGCAGGAUUCUUCUCAACGCAAUUCGUCUCCAUCGAUCCGCAAGGUCUUACUAUCUCAAAGAAAUGGUGGAUCUAUUUUGCGAUAACUAUUCCGCUGACACUCGUCACGCUCCUAAUAUGGUACAUAACAUCAUCUACCAAAUUCAAGACUAUGGCUCUUCACCGACUCGAGAAAGCCCGUUUCCUGAAACAUCGCGAUACCGAUGCUUCAAAUCACGACCCCGAGCACGCUGAAAUGACUCGAUCUAUCAACUCCGUCUCUAGCGAUGUAUCGGACUUGCGAUCUCCAAUAUCGCCAGGGAUAUCCGAAAUGCAUUUCACGGGCACUCCCUACCUUCGACGACCCAUCUAAAAAAAUUCGACAUCGACACAAGCCGGGCAUCAGCACGUUCUAUUUGAUCUUACGUAAGCGUCGCCACGUGCUCUCAACGAGCAAUCAACUUCUUUCGUGAGAUAUUUGAGACGCACCUUGAGAUACAAAGGGGACAGUUCCAAUUCGAUCCAGCAAACUAUUCUAGAAAAGUCAAAAACUUAUCUCCCCAAGUAAUCAAACGGACACCCUUCCUUUGGGUUAUGUGACUCAAAUCUGCAGACGCCAUAUUUUCUGAUUGGUUGGACGUAACAAGGCAGAAAAAGGCGAACGAUGCGCAGCCUCGCAGCCUUAUUUCUUGGCUUGCAUGAAGGACAUGAACAGCGAAUUGUAGGAACAUGCCUUGACCGGUCAUCCUCUGCGUGACCUAUCAUCGAAAUACACGUUGGG